AAAAUGUUUAAUUUCGAUUGGUUUUAUGGAUUAUUAUCGUCGUUGGGGCUAUACAGAAAGGAGGCAAAGAUUUUGUUCUUAGGUCUUGAUAACGCUGGAAAAACCACAUUGCUUCAUAUGUUGAGAGAUGAGAAGCUUGUGCAACAUCAACCAACACAACAUCCAACAUCAGAGGAACUAAGUAUUGGGAAUAUCAAUUUCAAAGCUUUCGAUUUAGGCGGCCAUCGUAUUGCUCGAAGAGUCUGGAGCGACUAUUAUGCUAAGGUUGAUGCUGUACUGUAUCUAGUCGAUGCUAGCGACAAAGAGCGUUUUGCGGAGUCGAAGAGAGAACUGAACGCACUUUUAUCGGACGAGUCGUUAAGAAAUGCCCCGUUUCUAAUACUCGGUAACAAGAUUGAUCUGCAUUACGCGGCUUCAGAAGACGAGCUCCGUUAUCACAUGGGGCUGACAGGUGUCACCACGGGGAAAGGUAAGGUAAACCUAGCGGAUACGAAUGUUCGUCCGAUUGAGGUUUUCAUGUGCAGCAUUGUUAGAAAAAUGGGAUAUGGAGAUGGGUUUAGAUGGGUGUCUCAGUACAUUUAGUUAUGGAUUGUAAAAUGUUCAUAUUUUUUAUUUACGAAACUGUUUUUAGUUUGAAUAUAUGUGUAUUUUAAGUCU